CGGUCAUUGGUUUUUUUUCCUCCUUUGCUGUCCCCCCGCCAACCCCGAGACCAGGCAUCUUGUAGGCGCCUGGGAGCAUGCGCAGACUUUCCCAUUGACGCCACAAAAGAAGUGGGUGGGGCUCCGGUGGCCCGGGAAGGGGGCGGGGCCACACGGGGAGCAGGGUUUUCUCAGCAGAUUCAGGCAGCGCCCUGAGGCCAUGCAGCCCAUUCAUUGAGUGGGAGGGCAGAGGCUGCAUAACCCCUGGGCAGUCACCUGAAGACACUACCACUCGACGUCUGGUCACACCUCUGUCCCCAUGGCUGAUCUUCACUUGUCCAGUGUGGAAGUGGGGGAGAUUGGGAGGUGAUUUGCAAAUGGAAAACUUGAAGCGAAUAUCAUAUCAAGAACGGAACUCAAUUCAGCAGGACCUAAAUAUUUCGAAUGUGGAAGGAAUAAUAUUGGCCGGCAUAUGAGAGAGACAGCAGAGUGAGUGUUCCAGUGAGCUGAUUAUGGAAAGAGCUUUAACCAAUUACACAGACUCUUAAAAACGCUCAUACAACGGGAAGAGACCAUACACCUGCUCUGUGUGCAGACAAAGCUUCAACUGAUCAUCAAACCUGGAGACACAUAAGGACAUUAGCACCACGGAGAAACCAUGGAAAUGUGGGUUCUGCGACAAGAGGUUCAAAUUCCCGUCCAAGCUUGAGAUUCAUCGACGCAGUCACACUGGGGAAAGGCCAUUCCCUUGCUCUGUGUGUGGGAAGGAAUUUAUGAACGAAUCUCACCUUAUUGCCCACCAAGUAGUUCACACUGAAACGCGACCUUUCAAAUGUUCCGAUUGUCAGAAGAGCUUCAAAAAUGCAGGGGGUCUGUUGGCUCACCAGCGAUUCCACACUGAGGAGAGGCCCUUCAGCUGCAGUUACUGUGGGAAGGGAUUCACCCGGUCAUCCAGGCUUACCGAGCACCAGCGGGUUCACACUGGGGAGAGACCGUUCACCUGCUCCAAGUGUGGGAAGGGGUUCACUUGUUUGACCAGCCUCAAUUCGCACCAGUUUGUUCACACUGAUCAGAAACCAUUUCGGUGUUCUUGCUGUGAGAAAUGCUUUAAAAGUACAGGUGACCUGCUCCAACAUCAGCGGGUUCACACUGGGGAGCGGCCGUUCACCUGCUCGGAAUGUGGGAAAGGGUUCGCCCACUCCUCCCACCUACUGAGGCACCAGCCGGUUCACAGCGGAGAGAGGCCGUUCGCCUGCUCUGUGUGCGGAAAGGGAUUCGCUCAGUCGUCCACCCUGCUGAGGCACCAGUUAGUUCACACUGACGAGAGACCUUUUCAAUGUCCAGCCUGCGGGAAGUGCUAUAAAAGUUCUCGGGAACUGGUGUCCCAUCAACGUGUUCACUCUGAUGAGAGACCUUUCCGGUGCUCCCAGUGUGAAACUUCCUUCAGGAGAUCUUCUCAACUCACUGCACACCAGCGGAUUCACACUGGGGAGAGGCCAUUCAUGUGUUCUGACUGUGGAAAGGGAUUUGCUCAGUCAUCCAACCUGCAGAAACACCAGCGAGUUCACAAGUAACUGCAGUGAUUAUCUUUUGCUGUUAAUCCCUACCACAAACAUUGGUAUUUGUCAAUUAUCCAUGAGUUUGCUGUCUUCAUUAACUUUAGUUAUUGUCGCUUUAUGACUAAGGGGGUGGUUUGAAGUCUUCUUUGCCUGUUUGUUACAGAAUAGGGAGGCAUUUGCAAUGAGAACCCAAGAUUGAUAUCUUUGAGCUCAUGUCUCAGUUCCUAGUCAUUUUGUGAAGUUCCCAUUAAAUCAGACACUUGCUUAUCAUUGACCAUUUACUUUCCUUUAGUUGUUCAUUAUCUCGUUUUUUUUUAAACUUUUGUUUUCUG